AAGUGAUAAAUGAAUUUUACCCAUCUUAAUCAAAUAUGGCUCAUUGCCAUUAAGUUCUUGUUAUACUGCAUCAGUUUUCGCGUUAAGGGACUGCGGCUUUAUGGUUGAGCGUCUAUUUGGUUAGCUGCUUUUAAUAAACAUACUUUGUAUUUAUAUGGCAGAAGUAUAACGAUGAUUGUGUAUAUAUAUGUAUAUAUCUGUCGGAGUUUUACUCAAAGAAAUAGUAAUUUGUAUAUUGAAUCGAAUGAAACGAAGCAUCAUUUGUGAUAAGUAGUGAUAAAUUUUGAACCAAUAGUAACAACUGAUGAAUUGCAGCUGCUGUUCACAAACUCAAGUUGAAAAUAUUGGUCCUGCUGUGUCUGUACUCGAAGAAAACGUUGAAGAUGGCGAUAUAUUACAAGAAAUUGGAAAUGCUCAGUACACACUGGAGUUUCUUCGUCAAGUUAUUCAACAAUCAACUAGGGUUAUUGAUGAAGCACCUCCAGCCUAUGAAGAUUUUGAUAAAUAUCCUAGAUUAAGUAAAUAUCAGACCUCGUUUAAAAACUUAACUCCUGUUAAACCAUGUACACAACAACCUCGACAAUCUUCACAGCUUGAUUCUGAUCAGUUUGUGAACUCAUCAACAGUCUCAUGGAUAGAACCAUUUCCGAAACCACAAGGUGAUCCACCACCUGCCUUUUUCAACUGGCUUCGUAGUCGAUUUGGUUCUUUACGUCAAAGCAUUAUGAGUCGUUUAUCAAAUCAAAGUAACCAAUUACAAGGCUCUUCGGUCUUCAGCAUACAUACUGAUUCUAAUUCUCCAGUUUUAUCAACUAUCAAUAUUCCUAGACCAUUCAUUCAUCCGGAACCAUCAAACUCAGUGCCCCCUGCACAAUCAUCUGAGGCAGUAGAACCAAAGCCUUUGGAAUUAAAUGAUUCUAAAAUGACACGUUCGUCAUCAUCAUCAUCAUCAUUACAAUCCAGUGCAUCAUCAGUAGUUUGUGCAACUGAUGAACAGACUAUGAUAGGAGUAUCUACCAUAUCAUUAAAUUGUAACAGUAAUCAAAUACCAGAUUCUAGUUGUACAAAUGUACCUCAGAAAACUUUGAUAGUACGUGAUUUUGACAUAGAAGAAACGGAAUCACAAAAUGAUAGUUACGAUGUUGAUACUAACGAAAUCAAUCAGUCUACGACCCAUUCAUGAAUAAACUUUUAUUGAUCACAAAGUAUUAUCAACUAUGAAUAAAUUGUAUGAAUUAUUACAUAAUCCAGCAUAAUUAUACAUUGCGAUAUUUGCUAACGAGUAUUUCACUGCUCACAGUGUAAUCGUCAUGUAAAUAAUUAUAUCAAGUUAAUAUAUCUAUUUCCCAAUACGUUUACAUUCAAUAAUCGUUUACAAUUAUUAUUAUUAUUAUUAUUAUUAUUAUUAUUAUUAUUAUUAUAAUAUUUCAACAAUAUCAACUUUGAACAUUCAUCUUUUUCCUUCUCCUAUUGUAUCUAAUAUGGUCAUUGGUAUUGCUUCAUUUCCAAUUAUUACUUCCUUUCUUUGAUCUAAUUGUUUGUUAUUGUAAACCCUUCUUUUUGACAAUUUUCUUUUUUGCUACAUAUAUACUGGUUAACAACUGGUUAUUACCAUUAUUAUUAUUAUUAUCAUUAUUAUUAAAUGAUUGUUUGUUUGUUAUAUUUUACAAAUUACGUCUCUUGUUCACAAUUGAUUAUGUUUAUAGAACUUGUAUAGCUAAUACAAUGGAGUUUACCUGCAUACACAUCAAUUGACGAUCCUUUAACGGACAUAUAGAAAGUUCCAAAUGAUAUAAUAUAUAUAUUUAUAUGCCCACAAAUGUAUAAAAUGUUUUGCAUUUAGUAUAAUUUACUUUUUUUUAUGUAGAUAUAUGUUGUUUUAAUUCCACUGUAAACUUUACACUUAACAAUUGAACAUAAACGAAUAAUUGCCAUCAAUCUUAUAUAAUUUUGUUUGUAAUUUUCCAUGUGAUGUAGAAGGUAAUGCUUUGUGUUUUUAUCUAAAUAUUGUUUCUUCAUGAACAGGAAAGAAAAUUCGGUUUACUUUUGGUUCAUUCGUUUUACUUUGGGAUUUACCUAAUGUUUUUUCUCUAUUGUCUUGAUCGAGUUGGAAUAAAGUAAGAGGAUAGAUUAGGUUCAAAAUCAUUUCUCGUUAUCGUAUGCAACACUUCUUGU